AGUUGUGGAUCUUUUGGAAUUUGGAAUGUGGAAUUUUUUUGCAUUUGUGGAUUGAUUUUUUGUUGUUGUUGUUGACAUUGAAGAUCUUCAUGGAACUUCAGCAGCCGUUCUGAGGAGUUUGGAUGUGUAUUGGAAGAUGAGACUCGGGAUGAGGGAGACUAUCCGGGGGAGAUAUAUGACCUUUUAGGUUCUCUGGGUCAUAGGCCCAGAGAGCAACAUGGCUCGCUUGUGUCCCAAGAUAACAGUCAUUGAAGUUUGAUGAUGAUGAUGAUGAUUCUUCUCGUCAUGAAAAGACUUCUCCUGAUGGAAUCUGCUCUUUCCUGAAUCUGUUGUGGUGACGUUCAUGCUGUCAAGUUCAUAUGUACUAUAAUAUUGUUGGCUUCAACCAGCCCUAGGUGUUCCACUCUGGGUGAGCCAUGGGUGGAGUGCACCACCACCACCGCAGGGCUGAAGGAUGGCUCUCCAUCUGGGUGGUCUCCGGAUGGCUCUGCCUCCUAGUCAAUGCACAGAUGAAGAUACCUCCAGAAACGGUUCAAGGGUGGGCCAAUAUCUUUGCUGAUCAGAUUACCGCCCUCGCUGCCAAAUACUCUGGCGGUCCUCUUUUGCAAAAGAAACUUAAAGACGUGGAGGCAAUUGUGAAAAUUGAAGAUAUUGAUGGGAGAGAGCUCGUCAAGGACUUUGCAGAUGAGAUUGAAAGAAUGUUGGGGAGUAAAAUGAAAUCUGUCAAGAGGUUGGCAGAUACUGCUGAAGACGCUGACUACUACCAUGAUUUCAACGCAACGCUUGAGUUUGAUUACUACAACUCCAUGCUGAUCAACUCCGCUGAUGACGAGGGAAACUUUAUUGAACUGGGUGGCGAGUUUCCACUGGAGGAAAAUGAACACUUCAACAAAAUGCUUGUCAACACAAUACAGAGUGACAUCCAAGUGCCCACAAAUGUCUACAAUAAAGAUCCUGACAUCCUGAAUGGUGUGUACAUGUCCGAGGCCCUUAAUGAUGUAUUCGUUAGCAAUUUCCAGAAAGAUCCCACUCUAACGUGGCAGUACUUUGGAAGUUCGACAGGAUUUUUCAGAGUCUAUCCAGGCAUCAAAUGGACGCCUGACGCUAAUGGUGUGGUGAACUUCGACUGCAGGAACAGGAAUUGGUACAUCCAGGCUGCCACGUCCCCAAAGGACAUCAUUAUCGUGGUGGACAUCAGCGGCAGCAUGAAAGGUCUGAAGCUGACCAUCGCCAAACACACCAUCAACACCAUCCUGGACACGCUGGGAGAAAACGACUUUGUCAACGUCAUCGCCUACACAGACUACGUCCGCUACGUGGAGCCCUGUUUUAAAGGCACGCUGGUACAGGCUGACUUGGACAAUCGCGAGCAUUUCAAGUUGCUGGUCAACGAGCUGCAUGUGAAGGGCGAGGGGAAGGUGCACAAAGCUAUGAAGGAGGCCUUCAAAAUCCUGAGUGAUGCCUCCACUAAGAGCCAGGGCAGCCUGUGUAACCAGGCCAUCAUGCUGAUCACCGACGGGGCCAUGGAGGAUUUCCAAGAGGUCUUCCAGGAGUACAACUGGCCCGAGAAGAAGGUCAGGGUCUUCACUUAUCUGAUUGGACGCGAUAUGACGUUUGCUAGCAACGUAAAAUGGAUUGCCUGCAAUAAUAAAGGGUACUAUACACACAUUAACACGCUGGCUGACGUGCAGGAGAAUGUGAUGGAGUACUUGCACGUGCUCAGUCGGCCCAUGGUGAUAGACCACGAUCAUGACAUCAUUUGGACCGAGGCUUACAUGGACACUGUGUUGUUCAACACGAUGGCUCACAGUUUGCUGCUGAUGACGUCGGUGGCCAUGCCGGUCUUCAGUAAGAAGAAGGAGACGCUAUCCCACGGGAUUCUAUUGGGUGUGGUGGGGACGGAUAUUCCUCUUGUGGAAGUCAUGAAGUUAGCUCCACGAUAUAAGCUUGGACCACAUGGUUACGCAUUCCUCAUCACCAAUAAUGGCUACAUCCUGGCACACCCAGACCUGCGGCCCUUGUAUAAAGAUGAGAAGAAGCGCCUGAAGCCUAAGCCCAACUACAACAGUGUGGACCUGGCAGAGGCAGAAUGGGAGGACACAGAAGAGAUACUGAGAACGUCCAUGGUGAAAGGUGAAACUGGCACUCUGACAUUAGAUGUGCGAGCAUCGGUUGACAAUGCAAAGCGGCCGUUAUAUCUGAAAAAUGACUAUUACUACACUACCAUUGAUGACACUCCAUUCAGCUUUGGAAUGGUGCUGACUCGUGGCCAUGGCCAGUACAUGUUCUUUGGAAACGUGUCUGUGGAGGAAGGGCUGCAUGACCUCGCACAGCCAGACCUGUCCAUCGCUGAAGAAUGGACCUACUGCGAGACUGACAUCGACCCCGACCAUCGCAAGCUCACCCAGAUGCAGGCCGUCUUGAAAUACCUCACGGGGAAGGACCCUGACCUGGAGUGUGAUGAGAUGUUGCUGCAGCAGCUGCUGUUUGACGCCGUGGUGACCGCACCAAUGGAGGCCUACUGGACCGCUAUGAUGAUGGAUGCUGGCGGAGUGGAAGCGGGAAUUGAGACGGCCUUCCUAGGAACCCGUUCUGGCCUGCUGCGAGUAGCCCGAUACGCAGGGGUCGAGCAGCGCGUCGCAAAGAAAUUCCUGACCCCGAUAGACAAGAAGAACUUGUUCACGGUGGAUCACUUCCCCGACUGGUACCGCAUCGCAGCGGAGAGCACGCCAGGACGCUUCCUCUUCUACAUGCCCCAGGAAGAGGACAACAAAGGAGAAAGGAUCAUCAUUGCUAUUACUGCGGCGACGGUCACAUCUGGGAAAAGGACUGCCAUAGCUGCCGCCAUUGGGGUGCAGAUGUCCGUCUUGUCACUGCAGAGCAGACUGCUGUCCAUCGCCAUUCAGCCCGCUGAUAUGGACUGUAGCAAUGUGGAGGGGGUGUGUCCUCUUCGCUGUGACAGCUACGAGCUUGGCUGCUACAUCCUGGACCACAAUGGAUUCAUUGUCAUCUCCAAAGAGAAGAAUGAUAUUGGUAAAUUCUUUGGGGAAGUGGAUGGCUCAGUGAUGGCCCAGCUGAUCAAGGGUGGCCUGUACAAGAAGGUGUUGCUGUAUGACUACCAGGCCAUGUGCAAGACUCACCACGGCCACUCCAGUGACGCCCGGCCCUUACUCAGUCCUUUCUAUGGACUAGCGGCUGUGAUUAAAUGGUUCAUGUCUCACUUCAUGAUGUUUAUGUUGGAGUUCAACUUCUGUGGACUAUGGCACUCGGAUCACGUGGCAGAUGCCAAGUCUGUUUACCAUUCUGGCCAUAAGGCGAAGAAGGUUGAGAUCAUCCAGCCGUGUAACACGGAGUAUCCUGGCUUUAUGUACGACUCCACCAUCUCCGAGACCAACAGCAUCAUCAAGUGUGGCCGCUGUCAGAAGAUGUUUGUUGUGCAGGCCAUCCGCAACACUAACCUGGUGAUGGUGGUGCUGCAGGCCGACUGUGACUGCUCUCGCCAGUACGGCCCCAUCCCACUCACGCCCAAGGAAGUCAAAUAUAACGCUACGGUCAAGUGCAACCGGAUGAAGUCACAGAAGAUCCGGCGGCGUCCAGAGUCCUGUCAUGCCUACCACCCCCAUGAAAAUGCAAAGGAUUGUGGGGGAGCCUGUGAGAUCAGUAUAUCCAUAGCUCUUCUGUUGGCGUCCUUGGUAACAUCGCUGGCUCUGCGAUGACGCGGUGGGGAAAGAGUACAGUGGAUAUCCUCCAGAGGAUACACUCCAGACUAUGAUGGAUAUCCUCCAUAUGGGAGCUGGUGACCGGGAACUGUAACUGAAAAGAAGAUAUACAAACGAACCGUCACUCUAAUUUUCUGUUUAUUGCAACUAUGUUUGUAACAUAUACAAAUCUACAGUAUACAGCCAUAACGGAUCCAAUAAUAUGCAUUUGUUUUUUGUACAUUUUGGAAACCAUGGACAUUACUGGAAACUGUCAUUUCAUUUUUUUCUUCUGUCAUUGUUAUUGUUUUGAAUGCCGGUAGUAUUAGUCAACUUCAUGAACUCAGUAACUACCAGCCAAAUAACACUGUGUGAUACCUGGACGAGGCCGAUCCUGGGGACCGUUAGUUACAAUGCAGCACUAGACAGGUUGAGUAGAAGGACCUCUGCUGGACUACAGGUUGCAGUGCAAUCUCUAGGCAGUAAAAGCACGAUGUUAAUGCCAAGGAAAUGAAACGUUGAAAUGUUUGUUUUAUUUUAUUUUUGUUUUUAUUUUUAUUUAUUUAUUUAUUUUUGCUCAGGAUGGUGUCAUAGACUCUUAGUGACACUGUGUGUUACAGUAGAGUAUAUUUGUCCAGAAUCAUGUUAGUAGUACAGUUCUAUGCAGUGCGAAGAAGCCAUAGGUCGUGAAUGCUUGCAGCACAAUGCUCCAACUGAAAUGACCCUUUGAGAUUCCUUUAUAGACUUCAGCAGUUAAGACAGACUAUAAUGGUAGGACUUACAAAGAUGUAAGCAUGUUGUUAUAUUUAAUAUGUUUUAUAGAUUGAUCCAAGUAUAUGGGAUUCAGGAGUGUUGUAUAAAUCUACAAAUAGACAUUUCUUAUUUCAUCUGUAUGUUUUUUUUCUCAGAUGUCAUGUUUUUCAAAUAAAUUUCUAUC